GCACGGAGAGGAAACAUGAUGAAUUUGGAAGGCUCUCAGUUGUUCCCGUAUCCGAACGCCUUCCUGAAUGGUAUUGUGCUUGUAGGUCUCCUGAGUGUUCUGAAAUUCUUCACGGUCACGACAUGGAACUUGGCAGUGGGUCUACGAGCGCACGUGUGGUCCAAACUCCGGAACAAGAAUUUCGUUGAGACUUACGGGCAAUGGGCAGUCGUCACAGGGAGUUCAGACGGCAUCGGGAAGGGCUAUGCAUAUGAACUCGCCAAGAAAGGGAUGAACUUGCUCCUGAUAUCUCGCACGAUGGAAAAGUUGCAGAAAAUCAAAGAAGAAAUUGAAAAAGAGUUCGGUGUCGAGGUGGAGAUAAUGCAAGUAGACUUCAGCCAUGGAAAGCAGGUGUACGAAGAGAUAGAGGAACGCGUGAGAGGAAAGGAGGUCGGCCUUUUAGUGAACAACGUGGCCGUUAUAGUACCUCAUCCUAUGAACUUCGGCGAAGUCAGCGAGCACCAGCUUUGGAGCCACGUCAAUGUCAAUGUUGCAUCUCCCUUGGCAAUGACGAGAAUGAUCCUGCCAGGGAUGUUGGAGCGCCACAAAGGAGCCAUCGUCAACAUUGCGUCUAUUUACGGCCGCUAUCCCGUGCCGAUGGUGCAGGUUUAUUCCGCCACAAAGGCAUUUGUAGACUUCUUUUCCGAAGCUUUAGGAUCGGAAUACGAAAAUUCUGGCGUGACCGUUCAGACCGUUACACCCGCCUAUGUGUCGACCAGCAUGACCAGCUUCUCUGAAAAGGUCCACAAACCAAGAUUCUUCGUGCCAACAGCCUCCAACUUUGCCGCCCAUGCUGUGGAUACCUUGGGAUACACCUCUUACACGACAGGCUAUUGGACCCAUGGCUUACAGGCUUGGGUGAUGGAUACUUUCUUUCCACGAUGGGUCUGGAUGAAGUUCUUGAAGAAGAAUUGCGAGGAUUUACUGAAAGAUUUAAAGAAGACGAAAGAAGAACAUCUACGGCAUGACAAACUGGCCCUUGGCAGAAAUAGCGAUACGAACGAUGCAUACCGACAAACAACGCUUAAUGUUACCCUAGAAACGAAACGUCAUCGUGAACAAAAAGUUCUGAAGGGCUAUCAACGUCAUCAAUGGUCGGUCAGAACAGAGGCGGACAUGAUUGACUUUAAAGAUCUCCGGUUAUUUCCAGAUCUUGAGGCCGUAGUGAAUGUUAUUACGGUCCUUGGCAUCCUGACGGCUACGAAGAUCGUAGUGAGGACGGCUUGGGAUGUGGUCGUUGGUCUGAGGGCGCAUGUGUGGUCAAAGCUGUGUAAGAAGAACUUGGUGCGGACUUACGGGAAAUGGGCAAUUGUAACAGGAUGUACUGAUGGAAUUGGAAGAGCUUAUACUUUUGAACUGGCAAAGAAUGGCAUGAACAUUAUUUUAAUAUCUCGAACUGCAGAAAAACUACAGGAUGUUGCUUCACAGAUUGGCAAAAAGUUUGGAGUCAAGACAGAAAGAGUACAGGUAGACUUCAGCUUGGGAAGGGAGAUUUAUUCUGAAAUUGAGAAGUGCAUUGAAGGAAAGGAGAUUGGCAUCUUAGUGAACAAUGUGGGAGUUAUAACCCCUCACCCUAUGAGCUUUGGUGAGGUGAACGACCAUAUUCUUUGGAGUCAUGUUAAUGUGAAUGUUGCAUCUCCUCUGGCAAUGACCAAGAUCAUCCUCCCUCAAAUGCUCAAGCGCAGAAAAGGGGCCAUAGUAAAUUUGGCUUCCAUAGCUGGGCGAUGUCCUGUUCCCCUCCUCCAAAUUUACUCUGCUUCAAAGGCAUUUGUAGAUUACUUCUCCAUGGCUUUAGGAGUGGAGUAUAUACAUUCAGGCAUUACAGUUCAGACCAUUACUCCAGGUUAUGUAUCAACCAAUAUGACAAGCUACUCUGAAAAGAUCUACAAGCCAAGUCUUAUGGUGCCAACUGCCUCAAACUUUGCUGCACAUGCCCUGGACACUCUGGGGUUUACCAGUUACACCACAGGCUACUGGACUCAUGGAAUAAUGGCUUGGGUUAUGGACAACUUUGUGCCGAGGUGGAUCCUGAUGAGAAUGUGUAAACUGCAUAAUGAAGACUUAUUAAGGGACAUGAACAAAAAUAAGAGAGAAUGAAUGGAAGAGAAUUCAACA